AUGUCUGUAAUGAAUGGAUGGCGAUUUCAGUGUGCUAAUACAACUUGUUUACCAUUUAAUACGGUUCGUGUAUCAAACAUGCGUAACUGUCAAAUGACUUGUUUAGCUCAAAUUUUUUGUGAAGCAGCUAGUUUUUAUACAACAACUUCUAACUGUGAUUUAUUUGCUUACAUAUCGAAUCACAUUGGCAGUAUGUCAGCUGAUACGAAUACUGUCACUAUGAUCGUCAUAGCUGCAACGCGAAUACCAUCAGAGCCAACUACGACAUCGACAACAACAACUUCAUCAACCACCUCAUCAUCAUCAUCAACAUCGUCAACUUCAUCAACCACCUCAUCAUCAUCAUCAACAUCGUCAACUUCAUCAACCACCUCAUCAUCAUCAUCAACAUCGUCAACUUCAUCAACCACCUCAUCAUCAACAUCAUCGUCAUCAACCACAUCAACCACCUCAUCAUCAUCAUCAACAUCGUCAACUACAUCAACUACUUCAUCAUCAUCAACAUCAUCCACGUCAAAAACAACAUCAACUACAACCAGUAAGUGAUCGACCAGGAGGGCAUGAUUACAGAUGACAAUGGCAGAUAAAUAUGAUACCGUCAGUUUUAUGUCAUGCUCAAUUGUUAAUCUACAUCUAUAUAAUGUCAAUUGAUCAUCUAUGAUAAAUAUAUACAAUGAUGCUCAGAAUUCAUCAUUCAUCUAGCAUAUAGUGUUAUUUCUUUGAUAGCUUGGAAUGAUAUCAAAGAAGUAACAUUAUUUGCCAUAUUUAUGAUCAAUUUUGAGUGCCAUUGUGUGUCAACAAAAUCUUUCACACAUUAUUUUGAUUAGGUACAACUGCGGCAACGGCCGUUAACGUUCUUCUGGCUGGUU